UACCAUACUUGGAGAAUCCUAAUUGAUGUAGGAAUCUCCAUCUAUAUAAACUACCUUGUACACAAUUAUUUCCUUGAGUUGAAAUCAUAAUUCAAUAUGGUAUCAAAGCCUAUUGAUCCGUCUCUUCCUUCUCGAUAACGAAAAAAAAUCGGCCCAGCCGAUUCUGUCUCUACUUCGUCUUCCCCACGCCGCCGAUCUCCACCGAUCAGCCAUGGCUGCUCAAACUUCUGAUCCCAUGGAUCGACUGCCUACGGGCUUGAAAUUAUUUGUCCGGAAUCUUCAAUCUCUAACUCCGGUCAAACUAGAUGAUACAAAUUAUCCCUCUUGGUCUGCUACGGUUCGCGCAAACCUCAUCGCUCAUCGUCUCCUCGGAUAUGUUGAUGGUUCAGAAGUGCCUCCUUCACCCCUUAUUUUGGACGAGAAAGCUGCUGCCCCUGGCAAGGAUGCACCGCCAGUUAUGAAACCCAAUCCUGCUUAUGACUCAUGGGUUCUUGUAAAUGCUCAAAUCAGGGCUUGUCUUCUCGCUAUUGUUUCUCCAACUGUUCAGACUCAUAUUCAUGCUCUUCCAUCCUCUGCUGCAAUUUGGAAUCACCUCGAACAACGGUACAAUUCUCUCUCACGUACUCACAUUUUUCAAUUAAAGGAGCGCCUACAUAGCAUCCAAAAGGGCACUGAUUCCAUGCAAACAUACCUGGACACUGUUCUCACUAUUGUCUCAUCUCUGAAAUUGGCUCAUGAGGACAUCUCUGAACAAGAUAUUAUCCUGUGUGUGCUUCGAGGCCUCCCUACGGAUUAUGCCUCGCUCAAACAAAACAUUCGCACUAAUAUUGCAACCGUCACUUUCAAUCAAGUCUCUGCGUGGUUGCUCUCCGAAGAAUUAAAUCUCACUUUUGAGAAGAAACUGCACCUUGGCGACUCUGGUUCUCCCUCGUCAACAGAUCUUCAUCAUGCUUUAUUCACCAAUUCAGGACGAGGUACUGGCUGGGGUCGUGGCCUUGGGCCAUAUCGUGGCCGUGGAGGGCCCUCCCGCGGCAGCAGCUACAACGGCAGAGGAGGCCGGCUGCCUUCCUACCGCGAGGUCGCGGUGGUGGACGUGGGGCCGGCAUCACAUGUCAACUAUGUGGUAAGACCGGUCAUGCGGUCUGGAAUUGUUGGCACCGCUACGAUGAAUCUUACUCCGGUCCUCCACAGGCAUACUACACCAAUCAAUCUGCUGAAACCAAUUCGAACUGGCAUCUGGAUACUGGAGCGAACACCCAUGUGACGUCUGAUCUUUCUCGGCUGCAUACUUCUUCACCUUAUCAUGGCACCAAUUCUAUCACAACUGCGGGAGGUAAUACUUAUCCCAUUGAGCAUACAGGCUCAGGUAUACUCACCACUCCAAACCAUACCUUUACAUUAACCAAUCUCCUUCAUUCCCCUCAUAUUAAUUCUCACCUUUUAUCUGUCCAUCAAUUUACCAAAGAUAAUAACUGUUCCCUACUUUU